AUGGAGUUCGAGCAAGCAGCAUCAUCGAGCUCACAUGCUAUUUUCACUAGCAUGUUUUUCGAUGAAUUGAUGCGCAUUAUUGACUCUGAGUUUCCUCUGCGUCACGACCCUGCGAAGAACCCACUCACAUAUGGAACGGCAGGGUUCCGUUCUAAUGCUGCACUUCUUCCACCGGUGGCAGCCCGUGUUUCCAUGAUAGCUGCUCUCCGAUGUAUGUACUAUCAAGGGAAACGAACAGCAGCAGGCCACAAUGCACCUUGCACGGUGGGCGUUAUGAUCACGGCAUCUCACAAUCCGUAUAUGGAUAACGGAUUCAAAAUUAUUGAUCCUGACGGAGGAAUGCUUGUAGCAUCCUGGGAAGAGUGGUGCACACGUGCGGCGAAUGCCCCGUCCGGAAGCGACUUGAAACAAGUCAUGAUGGAUUGUUUGGCGCAUGAUCCUAAUGCGUUUCAGCUCAAACAGUACUCGCGCUGUCAAGUACACUUUUCCAGAGACACGAGACCGAGUGGUGAAGAAAUCGCAAAUGCAGGACUGAGGACGCUGCGUCUUUUACAGAAUAUCACCCCCAGAUCUUACCCGCCUAUUUCGACGCCUUACAUGCACUUCGCGAUAGCGAAAGCGAAUGAACUCGGCUUAGCGGAUGAGUCAGAGUUUCCAUCCUAUUAUGGAGAGCUUUUAGCUGGCUUCGAGGAGAUGUAUCUCUUUGCAAGUGCGGGCUCGCAGCUGUGUGAGAAAGAAGGUCAUCUACAGCAACUUGUUGUUGACUGUGCCAACGGUAUCGGCUCCCUAAUGAUGAGGGAGCUCAUUGCUGCUUCAAAACAGCAAUCUGACUUCACAGCGUUGGCGACCUUUUUUGAGGUGCACCUGGUGGACUGCAACUGCCAAGAUGAAACGAUGCUGAACACCAAAUGCGGGGCCGACUAUGCAAAACAACAUACAAGUCCCUCCGCCGCAAUGUCUGCGUGGCCGAGCGCUUCUCCACCAGGUGUGAAUCCUACUGCCACACACUUUUACUCCCUCGAUGGCGAUGCGGACCGCGUUGUUGCAUUUCUUUAUGACCCAAAGCGAGAUUACAAGUGGGUCUUGCUGGACGGUGAUCGAAUUUCCAUCCUUUAUGCAAUGUUAUUGCAUAAAUGGCUUGGUGAAGAGCAGAUGAAGGCAUUAGAUGUGAGUGUUGUACAGACAGCCUACGCAAACGGUGCGUCCACAGAGUUUCUUGAGAAGCAGCUCCGUAUGCAAGUGUACACCGCUGCUACAGGAGUCAAAAAUCUCCACCCGAUUGCGCGCGCGCGCGACGUGGGAAUCUACUUUGAGGCAAACGGUCACGGUACAGUGUUGAUAUCUGAAAAGGUGAUCACAGAGGCUGCUUCAACCGGAUCUGAAAAAGCAGCACUGCUCGCCGCGAUGCGGCGUUUGGUGUCCCAGUGCUGCGGCGAUGCGAUUGCCGAUAUUCUGAUGUGUGAAGUCGCUCUGAGGGCCCUGAACAUGACAUUUCAGGACUGGGCCGACUUGUACGUUGAUCAUCCUUGCAAGCAGACCAAGGUCACUGUGGCACACCGUGACCGGAUCACGACCACUCUUGAUGAGCGCCGAGCACUGUCACCUACUGGUAUGCAGGAUGAAAUUGAUGCCGCUGUUUCGUUGGCUUUAUCACGGUGCGAGGCGGCGCGAGCCUUUGUCCGGCCCAGCGGUACGGAGCCAGUUGUGCGUGUGUACGCGGAGGCCACUGAUCCAUCCGUGUGUGAGUCCCUCUCGGCAGAGGUCGUCAAGAUUGUUGAGGCCUACUGCAGUUGA